GUUUUCGUCAGUCGUUUCAUUACGAGACCGCGUUCUGUGUCACUUUUCGCGGAAAGGAGCACAAGAGAGAAGAGAAUAAAAACACCGCACACCCCAUCCCCAUGGAAUUUGACUGACUGCUGUGUAUGUGUACUCGCGAAUCACAAGCUCGAGAGAAAGAGAGUGAAAUCACAGCCGCUCUCUCGGUGCGUGUUUUGGCGGAAGAGAAAAAUUUUCAUACUUUGGACUGCAUCUCUUGAAAGGAUUAUAAAAAUGGCUGCUGUAUCUUAUCACAUUGCUAAUCUUCUGGAGAAGAUGACCUCCAAUGACAAGGAUUUUAGAUUCAUGGCAACAAACGAUCUAAUGGCAGAGUUGCAGAAGCAUAACAUAAUAUUGGAUGAUGACUCGGAACGGAAAGUUGUAAAGAUGCUUUUAAAAUUACUGGAAGACAAAAAUGGAGAAGUACAAAAUCUUGCUGUUAAAUGCUUGGGUCCAUUGGUCAACAAAGUUAAAGAAUUCCAGGUAGAAACAAUCGUUGACUCUCUUUGUAGCAACAUGGUAUCCGACAAAGAACAACUCAGAGAUAUUUCCAGCAUUGGUCUCAAAACUGUGAUUGCGGAAUUACCUACAAGUAACAACUUGGCUGCUAAUGUUUGCAGGAGAAUCACUGGCAGACUGACUACAGCUAUUGAGAAACAAGAGGAUGUACCUGUUCAGUUGGAAGCUCUGGACAUAAUUGCAGAUUUGCUCUUGCGUUUUGGUUCUCUCCUGGUUAUGUUUCACUCUAUGAUUUUGAAUGCACUGCUUCCACAGCUUUCAUCUCCCAGACAAGCUGUCCGCAAGAGAACAAUCGUGGCUCUCAGUUAUCUUAUGACUACGGCAAAUAGCACCUUGUACAACAAGCUUUUGGACCAUUUAUUAGAAGGCUUGUCCAACAACAAAGUCAACAAUAUUAUUCGCACCUACAUACAGUGCAUUGCGUCUAUCUGCCGACACGCUGGUCACAGAUUUGGCGAGCAAAUUGAAAAAGUCAUGCCUCUUAUCAUUCAGUACAGUAACGAGGAUGACGACGAACUUAGAGAGUUUUGUUUGCAAGCUUUUGAAGCCUUUGUUCAGCGUUGUCCAAAAGAAAUUACUCCCUACAUUCAGCAAAUCAUAGAAAUAUGCUUAAAGUAUCUCACAUACGAUCCAAAUUAUAACUAUGAUGAUGAGGCUGACAUGUCUGAUGGUGAAAACGCAGUCAUGGAAAUGGAAGAGGAUGGUGAGGAUGAGGCUGAUGAUGAGUAUUCAGAUGACGACGACAUGAGCUGGAAGGUGCGUCGGGCGGCCACAAAGUGCCUUGAGGCUGUCAUUUCUAGUAGGAGAGAGUUACUCUCUGACCUUUACAGGAUUGUUUCGCCAGCUCUUAUUGCAAGAUUCAAAGAGCGAGAAGAAAAUGUCAAGUCUGACAUUUUCCAUGCAUAUUCAACGCUGUUGCGUCAAACAAGACCGACUGUAGGCAUAGUCCUUGAUCCAGACUCGAUGGAAGACGAAGAGGGCCCCAUUUCCCUUCUUCAGCAGCAGGUUCCACUGAUUGUCAAAGCAGUAUAUAGACAAAUGAAAGAAAAGAGUAUCAAAACCCGCCAGGAUUGCUUGUUUCUACUUAAAGAGCUUGUGACUGUACUCCCUGGUGCUCUCACCCACCAUAUACCCGCUCUCAUACCAGGCAUUCAGUAUUCUUUGGGUGAAAAGAAUUCCUCCAGCAAUAUGAAAAUUGACACACUAGCGUUUGUGCACACUCUUUUGUCUUCUCAUCAGCCUGAGGUAUUUCACAAACAUUUGUCCGUUCUCGCGCCACCAAUCAUCGCGGCAGUCAGUGAUCCGUUCUAUAAGAUCACGGCAGAGGCUCUUCUCGUCCUGCAACAGCUUGUUCAGGUCAUCAGACCACAUGACAAACCUUCAAACUUUGAUUUCACUCCUCUGUCUAGUGAAUUGUACUGGUCGACACUGUCACGAUUGCGUACGGCUGAUAUUGAUCAGGAAGUGAAAGAACGAGCCAUUGCGUGCAUGGGUCAGAUCAUUGCUCAUCUUGGAGACGUUUUGCAAAAUGAAUUGGCUACGUGUCUUCCAAUCUUCCUUGAAAGACUUCGCAAUGAAAUCACACGUCUCACAACUGUCAAGGCAUUGACUUGUAUAGCUUCCUCACCGCUUCACAUCAAUUUGGCGCCAAUCCUAUCAGACACCGUACCAAUUUUAGGUUCCUUUUUGCGCAAAAAUCAGCGCGCUCUGAAACUGAGCUCGCUAGUGUUGUUGGACAAGUUGUUGAAAAAAUAUUGCAAUGACAUACAUCCCGAUCUCCUUGAAAAAAUUACCUGUGAACUGAAUGUACUUGUCUGCGAAUCUGACCUUCAUAUUGCGCAGCUUACUCUUACUCUACUCACGACCAUCGCAAAACUUUAUUCAUCUGCUCUCCAGCAAAUCUUGUCUCUGUACAUCCUGAGCCAAGUCCUGAUACUCGUCAGAUCGCCUUUGCUUCAAGGCGCUGCACUGACUUCGAUGCUAGAAUUCUUCCAGGCGCUAGUUCAGGCAAAUGUGCCCAAUUUGGGUUUUAGAGAAUUAUUGAGAAUGCUUAUCGAGCCGGUUAGUACUGAGACCUUACACAAACAGGCCUAUCUGUCUUUGGCCAAGUGCACCGCAGCUCUCACAAUAGCCAAGCCAGAAGAAGCUAUGGUAGUUGUUCAGGAGUUUCUAAAAGAUGUCAAUGUUAAAACUCCCGAUGCUCGUCAUAUUUUCGCCCUGCUUGUCAUUGGUGAAAUUGGUCGCCACACAGAUCUAAGCAGUGUCCAGUCACUGAAACAGAUUAUUCUGGAGUCCUUCGCGUCUUCGUCGGAAGAGGUCAAACAAGCAGCCAGCUAUACGUUGGGUAACGUAGCCGUUGGAAAUCUGCCCGAGUAUCUUCCCUUCAUACUCACGGAAAUCGAGCAACAGCCUAAACGCCAGUAUCUACUGCUUCAUUCUUUAAAAGAGAUCAUUGCUUGUCAGUCUGCUAGCAAGUCAGGUGUAACGAAUCUACAAAAUUUCGUGCCUUCCAUUUGGAUUCUAUUGCAUCGGCACUGUGAGUGUACCGAAGAAGGCACACGUAACGUCGUUGCUGAGUGUCUUGGUAAGCUCACUUUGAUUGAUCCUGGCAAUUUGUUGCCGCGUCUUCAAGAUCUCCUCAAAUCCGAAUCGCCUCUAACAAGAACAACGACGGUCACCGCGAUUAAAUUCACUAUUUCGGACCAGCCUCAACCUAUCGAUCCAAUGUUGAAACAAUGUAUGGGUCACUUUUUAGCUACUUUAGAGGAUCAAGACUUGAACGUCAGAAGGGUAGCACUGGUAGCAUUUAACUCGGCUGCUCAUAAUAAGCCAAUGCUGGUGCGAGAUCUUCUCGACUCAACUCUGCCACAUUUGUACGCAGAGACUAAAGUUAAAAAAGAACUGAUUAGAGAAGUAGAAAUGGGUCCGUUUAAGCACACAGUCGAUGACGGUCUGGAUUUGCGAAAGGCUGCGUUUGAGUGCAUGUACACACUUAUUGACGCUUGUCUGGAUCGACUGGACAUUUUUGAAUUCUUGAAUCACAUCGAAAGUGGUCUCAGGGAUCAUUACGACAUUAAAAUGUUGACUUAUCUCAUGGUCGCGCGAUUGGCUCAGCUAUGUCCCAACGCCGUUUUGCAGAGGCUUGACAGACUGGUUGAACCACUGAAGAAUACUUGCACAAUGAAAGUCAAGCAGAACUCUGUAAAGCAGGAGUACGAGAAACAAGACGAGCUCAAGCGAUCAGCGUUGCGCGCAGUGGCUGCUCUUCUCUUAAUCCCGGACGCCGACAAAAAUCCAGCCCUGAGCGAGUUCGUGGCGCAUAUCAGGGCUACCCAAGAGCUCCAGCCACUCUUUGAACUUAUCCAAAAAGACUGCGUGGGCACAAACCACAACGAUACUAAUUUAAUGGAUCAAAGCUAAGGACUGCGUCAGCAAUUGUUUUGUGGUAUCUUUUGGCACGUAACGAGGACAGCUAAUGGUGAGAUGUUGGCUCGGAUUUUGUAUACAUGACGUCGUUUUUUUAGCAUUACCGAGCUCUUGAUAUAUAUAUUUAAAAAAAAAAAAAAAAAAAAAAAGUUCUUAAAUAAACUCGUGUGUUAGGUGUGUUACA